AUGGGACUUUUCUUACAAGACUCCUUCGACCAUGAGCCCAAGACGGCCCUCGACCCUCACACAAGUGUGCAGAGCAUCGACGAGGUAACGCCCGAUCCAGCGCAGGAAAGUACAUUGCAGCUAUUCGAGGGUGAGCCUCUCGCCGAUGAGCAGCAAUGGCGUCCCGGGGUACGCGACUGGCUGGUCUUCAUUUGCAUCGCCAUUCUGACCAUGAUGGACGCGUUCGAUGCUUCAGUGUUGAUACCGAUGUUGCCUGACCUCGCGAAUACGUUCGACAACUCCUUCGUCAGCGUUCUCUGGAUCAACGCCGCCUACCUUAUGCUCAAUGCCACCAGCCAACUCUUCUUCACAAUGAUGUGCGAUGUUUUCAGCCACGGCGCAGUAUGGAUCAUCGCCGUCGUGCUCACAACAAUCGGCACAGGAAUCAGCAGUGGCUCCAUGAGCCUCAUUGAAUUGGUGAUCGGUCGCUUGGUCCAGGGAAUCGGCGGAGGCGGCGCCAUGAGUCUUUGCUUCGUACUGGUGACCGAGUCGACUCCCAAACACAUCCACUCGCGAUAUUCCUGCUACAUCCUCCUCACCCGGCUCAUUGGAACCAUGAUUGGACCGGUCGUUGGCGGAAUUUUCAUUGAUUACGCGAACUGGACGUGGGCAUUCUACUUCAACUUUAUCUUCUGCGCCUUGGGAAUGCUUGUGAUCCCAUUUGCAGUUGAUUUGCGAGUUUCGAAGAGCAUUCCGCUUCGCAAGUUGCGGAUCUUGGACUGGUCCGGGGCGUCAAUGGCUUUUCUUGGACCUGCUGGUAUUCUCGUUGGUUUGAGCUGGGGAGGCAUUUCAUAUCGUUGGAAUGAGUGGCAGACACUGAUGCCAAUUGUGGUUGGUACGAUUUUGUUUGUCACUCUGGUAUUUUACGAGUCCAAGUGGGCACUUCAUCCUCAAUUUGGCACCCGGGUUUUCCGAGAUCGUUCGGUUGCCAUGACAUAUCUUGGAUGUUUCUGUCAUGGCUUUGUGAUUUUUUGUCAACUACAGUUCUUCACUCUGUACUUCAUCUCGACAAAGUACCUCUCUACAUCACUAUCUGGAGUCACAUUACUUGCCAUUACCGGCCUUGCCAUAGCACCUGCUGCUGUAGUAGGAGUCAUCCUAGCCAGAGAACCCCAGUGCUGCAAAUGGAUCAUCUCCGGUAGCUGGGCUCUGUUAAUUCUUGCAUCUGGCUGCUCUAUCCUUUUGGACGGCGCUACUCCUACAAUCGGAUGGGUCUUUCUCUUCUUCUCUAUGGGACUAGGUCACGGCCUCCUCCUUUCGAGCUACAACAUCCGCGUCCAGAGUAUCCCGAAAGAUGAGGAAUCUGCUCUGUCUACAAUGCCGAUAAUUGUGUCAAACUUCCUGAGAACGUGGGGAAUGGCAUUCGCAAUUUCUGUCGGCGGUGUGUUUUAUCUGAACGUUUUGUCCCACGAACUGCACGGUAUAGGGUUGAAUGGCGAGUUGGUAAAUACUGCCAAGGGAUACAUCAUUUUGAUGGACCAAGUCAGGAUGUCUAGCACAGAGAGAGAAGCUAUCAAGGAUGCCUCGGCACUGGCACUGCAGGUUGUCUGGGAAGUUAUCACAGGUGUCGCUGCAGUCGGCGGCAUUUCUUCCGCCUUUUUGUGGAAAAAUCGCCCUUCCGACAUAAAUAUUUAG